CCAAAGCUUGAAGCCGUUUUCGGCCCUGGAUCUUCCGGCAGCCAUUUCCGAAGCUCUGAACUUCCCACUUUUCCCCUCACAAUGACACAGUCUCUGCAACUUUUCACCUCCGCCACCCGCUCUCCCGGCAUUUCUCUCUCCAAACACUCCCUCUCAAAACCCUCUCCGUCCACCGCCGCUUUCCGCUUCCCUCUCUCCUUCCCAAAAUCGUCGAUCAGAGCCUCUUCCUCUCCGGAUUCCAAUCCUCUGUCAUCUGCUUUCACUUCCCAAGUCUUGGUUCCUGAAAAUGGCUCCACCGUCGGAGGUGGAGCUGUGUCCUCUUCCGUUACUAGGGAGUUUGUGCCUGUUAUGUCUGAUUCCACCGCGAUUGAGGUCGAUACUGUGACGGAGGCUGAAUUGAAGGAGAAUGGCUUCAGGAGCACCAGGAGGACGAAGCUCGUGUGCACCAUUGGCCCUGUUACCUGCGGAUUCGAGCAGCUCGAGGCGCUCGCUGUUGGCGGGAUGAAUGUCGCAAGGAUCAAUAUGUGCCAUGGGACUCGAGACUGGCAUCGGAUGGUAAUUGAACGCGUGCGGAGGCUCAAUGAGGAGAAGGGCUAUGCGGUCGCUAUCAUGAUGGAUACUGAAGGGAGUGAAAUUCACAUGGGUGAUCUUGGUGGAGCUUCUUCGGCUAAAGCGGAAGAUGGUGAAAUCUGGACAUUCAGUGUCAGAGCUUUUGAUUCAACACUCCCAGAACGCACUAUUAAUGUUAACUAUGGAGGGUUUGCAGAAGAUGUGAGAGUGGGUGAUGACCUCCUUGUUGAUGGUGGAAUGGUGAGGUUUGAGGUGAUCGAAAAGAUCGGUCCUGAUGUUAAGUGCCUGUGUACCGACCCGGGAUUGUUGUUGCCACGGGCUAAUUUGACGUUUUGGAGGGAUGGACAUCUAGUUCGAGAACGUAAUGCCAUGCUCCCUACAAUUUCUUCUAAGGAUUGGUUGGAUAUUGAUUUUGGGAUUGCUGAAGGUGUUGAUUUUCUUGCCAUAUCGUUUGUGAAGUCAGCUGAAGUGAUUAAACAUCUCAAAAGCUAUAUUGCUGCACGUUCUCGUGGCAGAUGCUGUGACAUUUCCAUCAUCGCGAAGAUAGAGAGUCUGGACUCAUUGAAUAACUUGGAAGAAAUUAUUGUAGCAUCAGAUGGAGCUAUGGUAGCUAGAGGAGAUUUAGGAGCUCAAAUACCACUGGAACAGGUGCCAUCAGUCCAGCAAAAGGUCGUCCAACUAUGCAGGCAGUUAAAUAAACCAGUUAUUGUUGCUUCACAGCUGCUGGAGUCGAUGAUCGAAUAUCCUACACCCACCAGAGCGGAAGUUGCUGAUAUUUCCGAGGCGGUUAGGCAGCGAUCAGAUGCUCUGAUGCUUUCUGGUGAGUCCGCCAUGGGCCAGUACCCUGACAAGGCAUUAGCUGUUUUGAGAAAUGUCAGCCUAAGAAUUGAGAAAUGGUGGAGGGAAGAGAAACGCCAUGAACCUAUGGAACUCCCUGAAGUUGGAUCUUCAUCCUCAGAUAGCAUCUUAGAAGAGAUCUGCAACUCCGCUGCUAAAAUGGCCAAUAAUUUAGAGGUGGAUGCAAUUUUCGUCUACACAAAGACAGGCCACAUGGCAUCUCUCCUGUCUCGAUGUCGACCCGAUUGCCCGAUCUUUGCAUUUACAGAAACGACAUCAGUGAGGAGACGUCUUAACCUGCAAUGGGGUUUGAUACCCUUCCGGAUGAGCUUCUCAGACGACAUGGAAAACAACCUCAACAAAAUAUUUUUGCUGCUCAAAGCCAGAAACUUGAUCAAAUCAGGUGACCUUGUCAUUGCUGUCUCAGACAUGUUGCAGUCUAUCCAAGUUAUGAAUGUUCCAUAAGAAAUAAGGUUGCUCUCUAUGUUUCUGCUGAUGUUUUCAUUCCUAUGAACUCUUUAACUUGAACAAAGCUUCUGGAUCUGUUAUUUAGUUGCUAGGAAACCUAUGAGAACUCUGAUUCACUUCCUUUAUUUCCUUUUAUUCUC